AGACAUUUUUGAAAAUUAAAUACCAAAAUACACUAUACUUAAAUCCCUUUUCAAAAUUUACAGAGUAAUUUUUAAGAAAAGAAAUUGGGGUUAGGACGGGAGGCCGGGAGGGGGUUUGUUUGACAAUUGACACUUCACAAUCUCUCGGACUGCCGCCAGUGGCUAGGGCUUGGGUUGACGACGGAGGACGCAGACUUGGAGGCCAGGGCUGCUACUUUAUUCCGGCGUUCGGACCCCAACAACGGCCGACCUUGUUCUUUGAAAGGUGUUUGCUUCUUCUCAAACCCUCCCAUCUUGGUCCUGCUGUCCGUCUUCUGUGUAUGCUAGUGCUGCUCUCUUCCCUCGAGCCUCAUCGAAGAUAGCAUUUUGUUAACUUCUUCUCUCUUCGCUCUUCCUUUAUCGACUGCUGCUUCUAUUGCUUGUUGAGAUUGAAAGGAAUAACCAUUUGGCUUGUGCCCUUCGACCGUGCAAAGCAAAUGCAAUUGCUUCUUUCUCUCAGCUUCCAAUCUUGGUCCUGCUGUCCGUCUUAUGUGUAUGCUAUUGCUGCUCUCUUCCCUCGUAAAAGAUAGCGCUUUGUUGACUGCUUCUCUAAUUGCUCUUGCUUUAACAACUGCUCCUUCUAUUGCUUGUUGAGGUUGGAAGUAAUCAGGUGUUUGCUUCUUCUUAAAGCCUCCCAUCUUGGUCCUGCUGUCCGUCUUCUGUGUAUGCUAGUGCUGCUCUCUUCCCUUGACCCUCAUCGAAGAUAGCAUUUUGUUAACUUCUUCUCUCUUUGCUCUUCCUUUAUCGACUGCUGCUUCUAUUGCUUGUUGAGAUUGAAAGGAAUAACCAUUUGGCUUGUGCCCUUCGACCGUGCAAAGCAAAUGCGAUUGCUUCUUUCCCUCAGCUUCCAAUCUUGGUCCCGCUGUCCGUCUUAUGUGUAUGCUAUUGCUGCUCUCUUCCCUCGUAAAAGAUAGCGCCUUGUUGACUGCUUCUCUCAUUGUUCUUGCUUUAACAACUGUUCCUUCUAUUGCUUGUUGAGGUUGGAAGUAAUCAGGUGAUUCCUUCUUUCUCUCAGCCUCUAAUGUUGGCCCUGCUGCCCAUCAUAUGUGUAUGCUAGUGCUGCUCUCUUCCCUCGUCGACGAUAGCGCUUUGCUGAUUGCUUCUCUAUUUGCUCUUCCUUUACCGACUGUUGCUUCUAUUGCUUGUUGAGAUUAGAAAGUAAUCAGUAGCUGUUGUUUUAAGCUGGAAGAUAGUGUUCCUGCCCUAUGUUCUCUGUUUUGCUCAGGCGAUUGCUUCUUUCUCUCGGCUUCCAAUCUUGGUCCCGCUGUCCGUCUUAUGUGUAUGCUAUUGCUGCUCUCUUCCCUCGUAACUGUUUAAGGAUUUUUCUUUUGAAGGAGUAUUACAUCUUCCUUGGGGAAUCCUACAUACUGCUAACUUUUGGUGGAACUUGUGUCAUUGAUAGCAUGGGGAAUAAAAAUAAAGAAAAAUCUCCCACCGAUGUCCCCUUAGUUAACUAUAGCGAAAUUCCACAUGAUCAAAGAAAAUUAUGGAUUCUGAAUGAUGAUUUAGGUAUAAUGAAAGACUAUCUUGGUCUCUUGGAUUGGAUUUGCGAGUGGGGUUGCAAGGAAGGGUUUGAUUUUGGAGGCAUUAGAUCUCUUCGAUGUAAGGGGGGUGGGUAUCCCUUAAUUGAAGUUUCAAUAUCUACCCCCGGAAUUCUUGAAAAAAAGUUUCUUAUUUCACGAUCAUCCUUGUAUAUCCUCGCAUUUCAUUCUGCUAUAUAUGGAUGGUUGGUGUUUGAUGAUAUAGAAUUUGAAAUUGCUUUUUCUGAGAAAUUCAAAAGAUUGACAAGGCCGGCAAAGUAUUUGCCAGAAGCAUGGAAAGAGGUUGGGCCUGGUGCCAUGAUUGAUGCCCUGGAAAGGAUGGAAUCAAAUGUAUCAAAAGAUGCAGCAGAAGGGUGUGAGGUCUUUAUGGUUCACUUGUGCGAGGCAAGUCGUCUCAGAUUAGUGCAACUGAUGAUCGCUAAGACCUUAACCCCUAUCCCCCAGGAUGUUUUGGCUGACAACAAUGAAGAGUUGAGGAUCCGAGCUGGAAGUGAAGACUCUGUUGAUAUUCUCGAUGACUUAGCCCCUCUUAUGAUAGACUUGACCAAGUCGGUUGAUUGCCAUCGCGCAACUGAGCAUUGCAUUAAAAAGUUCAAGCAAUUAUCCAAGACUUGGUACGAAUAUAGUCUUUCCGGUGGGGAGCUAUUUGAAUUGGAUGUUAACAUUGCAAACUCAUGUGGUGUUCGAACAGUUAGAACUUUAAAUAGGAUGCUUUGUGUAUUGUGUAAUACAAAUCUCGAUAAGAUUCAGAUGGAAUGGAAGAAGAAGUUGACUAAUCACAAUGGACCACCUGGUUUCACCAAUUCAGGCUUUGAAAAGAUGUGUUUGCGUAUUCUUGAAAUCGAAACAAAGGAGGCGGGUGCUUCUGUAUCUUCCAAGGAGUGUGACGAACCUCCACAAAAACGAAUCUGUUUGGAAGGGACAAGCAAGAAGAAAGGCAAGAAGAAAGCAAGAAGAUAGGUGGUGGCUAAGGAGUAAAAUGAGCUUACUUACCAGGACCCCGUCGGCCAUCACUAAGAUCAUUGCAAAAGCUUCUCUAUGCAAGGGUUUGCACAGGAUUGCCUCUACUGUUU